AUGCGGCUUCCGACCCUCACUCGCUCCCCCGGCACGGUUCUGCUCACCGUGGCGUUGGUGGCGGUACUGGCCGCCGCUGUCGCGGAGAACCACUUCGUGGUGGAGCCGGAGAACUCGGCGGGAUCAGGCUCCUGGAUCAGGAGGGCGUCAACAGCAGCACCGAGGAGGGUGGGGUGCCGGCACCGGCCAUGGGUCUGCUUCGACCGGGAGCACCCGUUCAGGCGGCGGAUGUGCUGCCGAAACAGGUGCGUCGACGUUGGCUCAGACGAGAACAACUGCGGGCUCUGCAAGGCGCGCUGCCCUUUCGCGUGGAGCUGCUGCGUGGGUAUCUGCGUCAACACCAACGUCAACCCCUUCCACUGUGGGGGCUGCUCUGUCCGGUGCCCCCUCGGCGUUCCCUGCCGCUACGGCCUCUGCGGAUACGCGCUGCACGUGCCUAAGCUCCCGCCCACGCAUCCCGGCUGGGCACAUCCACAGCCGGAAAAGUAUAUGCCUCCUUUUGUGCAGGAGCAUCCUCCGCCGGAGCCCCCUCUCCUCCUACCUUCGAGGCUCCCCGCCUCGUCAGAAUAA